CGUCAUCGUUAGCGCUCCUGGCAGAAUUAUAGUAAGCAGAUCCACACAACAACAACAGUUUCUAGCCAUAUUUUACAAUUCCAUGCAGAUUUCCCAAUCGACAUAAAUCCAGCAAUCAUAACUUCUAAGAAGCAUGGACAGGAAAAGCGACCCUGGCAAGAGAUUCCUAAGCAAGCCCCAACUUGCUCGCUACCUGGGCAACACUAUGGAGGUGCAUGCCAUUGACCCCCGAGCAGGAAGGAUGCUCAUGAACAAGCUGCACAGGAAUAGGCACAAGCAUCGUUAUGACAACAACCAUCAGGUCAAGGUCAAGCCAGACCUGAAUACGACCCUACCAGUCCGACAGACAGCGUCCAUCUUUAAACAGCCUGUCACCAAGGUGACCAAUCACCCAAGUAACAAAGUGAAGACAGACCCCCACAAAGCUGUUGACCAACCAAGACAGCUGUUUUGGGAGCGAAAACUGAGUGGUCUUAGUGCGUUUGACAUAGCAGAGGAACUGGUGAAGACAAUGGACCUUCCUAAGGGCCUACAGGGUGUUGGACCUGUGUGUUCAGACAAGACCCUCCUGUCUGCCAUCGCCAGCGCCCUGCACACCAGCCCCGCCCCCGUCACUGGUCAGCUGACCGCUGCUGUGGAGAAGAACCCUGGGGUCUGGUUGAACACCGCCCAGCCACUCUGCAAAGCCUUUAUGGUGACCGAUGAGGAUAUCAGGAAGCAGGAGGACCUGGUCCACAGCGUAAGGAGGAGGCUGGAGGAGGCGCUGAUGGCGGACAUGUUGGCUCACAUAGAGGACUCCACCAAUGAAGCAGACACAGACGCUCUGAAGGAGGAGCAAGCUGAGCAAGAGGACAAGAAAGAUGUAUAGCUGAGGUUGCUGAAUUCUACAGAGAGCUGCCUGGAACCCAGUAUUCAACCCAUACAUCCAUAAUCACACACACAGGACACUCACCAGGAUCUCACUAGCAUCUGUCAACAUGAAGGACCCUCUUUAGUCUCUGUUGGGAAGUCGGCCAAGAAAAUGGGAUUCAAAUUGAUUUUCGACCCAUUUAAACAUUUUUUAAGCCUUUACACAAUACUUUGAGGUUUAGAGAUUCAAUUCACAAAUUGUUACCCUCACUAAUUGGUUGGAAUGUGGACAGGUAUGUAUGGUGCUUUAGGCAAUGUAGUCUAGCCCUCUUGUGAACACUCACAAGUUCAAGGUUGAGACAGAGUUUCUGUAUGUUUUUCUGUCGUACCUGUUGUCACAAUAUGUGUGUGUCAUUAUGGGACACCUCUCACCCAUUCAUCUUUGCUCUUGUGUUACCCUGGUACCACCCAGUAUCCUUUGCCCGGCAGGGAAAAUUAGUGGGUGGCUAGAGGUUGGUGCUAAUUGGGCAAGGGACUACAUGCUGGAGGCGACUAAAAUGGGCUUUGGAAAAGAACAUUGUGUCAGAAUUAAGCAUGCAUCAAAUGACCUUAUGUAUGUAUAUAUACAUAUUUAUAAACCGAGGGUUAGAAUGCUGAAUGGCUGAUAGCUGUGGUAUAUGGAAACAUAUACUACAGGUAUGAUAUCACAUUUUAUUACUCUAAUUGUGUUGGUUACCGGUUUAUAAGAGCAAUAAGGCAUCUCAGGGGUUUGUGAUAAAUUGCCAAUGUACUAUUGCUAAGAGCUGAGUCCAGGCACUUCGCAAUGUGUCAUAACUAAGGACAGCUCUUAACCAUGGUAUAUUGGCAAUAUACCAUAUCCCCUUGUGCCUUAUUGCUUACAUAUAUCUAUAUGUGUGUGUGUAUGUAUACAUAACAUACAGCUUUUGUUAUCCCUAUCUAAUAAUUGGGUUUUGUGUUCUUCAAACAGCAGUAUAUUGUUUGAACGGUUUUGAAAUGUGGUGCUCUCUGCAUUGAGGUUGAACAGGCUGUCAUGACUCAAACUCACCUGUGCUAUGAGUUAAAAAUGGUGCAAAUUUUAUCUAGUUUCAUCUUUGCUUUCAUGUUCCAUGUUACAUUGUUGAACUGUCAGUAGGUGUGAGAGCUAACAGACUGCUCCACUACUCUGAAAUAGUUGCCUAUUUGGGAUUUUCUAUUUUUAAUGUUUUUUGUAUCUUUUUUUGUUAAACUUUGCUUUGUGGCAAGUUUGCAGCAAUGCUAUAGUUAUUUAACGUUUCUUUUUAUUAAGAUUCAAAUUGUUUUAAAUUGUAUGAAAUGUUUCCCUAAAACUGUUUUGAUUUGAAAAAUUAAUGGGAAGAUUAUUCACUGUCAUAUGAAGAUAGCUCCCCAUAAAAUCCCAUGAAACAAAAAUGUUCAAAUUAUACUUUAUACAGUUCUGUCCUUAAGUAUUUGGACUGCGACACGUUUCGUUUUUUUGGCUCUGUACUCCAGUACAUUGGAUUUGAAAUGAAACAAUGACAAAUAGGUUGAAGUGUAAACUGUCUGCUUUGGUUUGAGGUUAUUUACAUACAGCUGUUAUUAUUUUUUUACAUAGCCCCCCCCCCACCACCACCCUUUUUUUAAGAGUCCACAGGUAAUUGGAAAAGUUAAUAUCAUCUUAAUGUCAUUGUAUUUAGUACUUGGUUGCAAAUCCUUGGCAUUCAGUGACUACCUGAAGUCUCCAAACCCUAGACAUCACCAAAUGCUGGGUAUAUUCACCCAACCAGAAUCCAUGCUCAGUUGGAUUCUGGUUGGGUGAUUGACUUGGCCAGUCAAGAGUAUUAAAUAUUUUGGCCCUGAACAAUGUGGUUUGUUUGGGAUCAUUGCUGCAAGAUGAAGUGCUGUCCAACUGAUUUUAAGACAUUUGGUUGUAUCAUGAUGUUUCUUUACACUUCAAAAUGUAUUGUGCUGCUUAUGUCAGUGGUUACAUCACCAGUGAAGAUAAGUGAGGUAGUUCAAGUAGCAGCCAUAUCGUGCCCUAAACCUAACACCUUGAACUUUCACAGCUCUUGGUUUUUUUUCUCCUGUACUUUCUUCUUACCAUUCCUUUGGUACUUGGUAAUUUUCAACUAAGCUGUCCAUAAUCCCUUUUUGCCAGAACUGUCCAAGCUCUUUUUGGUAUUUUUCAUUUUCUUGUGUUGGGGCUAACUUGUAUUAUUCCUUUGUGUUUUUUUGUUGUGUUUUUUACCUUGCAGUCCACCCUCUAGUUUGGCUGGUGAAGUCUUCUGUGAGUGGUAGUGGCUAAUGAAUCAAUGUCUACCUCCUGGAGAGAGUUCCGGAUCUGUUGCACAGUUCUUAUUUUUUAUUUUUUCUCUUUAUGGUGAGCAUGCUUUGGUCAUUUAGACCUAAAGACCUUCCUUGAUCGAGCAAGUCACUUCUCAUUGCUGAGCUAACCAGUGCAAGCCGAAUGUUUUGGCUGUCUCCAAUUGAUUUAUUCUGAUUCAUCAUGAUGGCUUGACUUGGAUUUACACUUCUACUUUGUGAUGUUAAAUAGCAGCAAUUGACCCCAAAUGCCAAGCCUAGAAUCAAGAUUCGACUUUGACGGCUCUCGUCUAUGCACGGAUGAUGCAAACGAACACGUCUGCCUACAAAGAAACUGCUGUGAAGCAAAUUCUCUUGGUGCAUUUAAAUAGAGGGACUAUGUAUUAAACAUGCUUUUAUUUAUUAAUUGUUAAUUUGGAUGAAAAAUACCCUCAACUUAAAGCUGACUGUCUGCACAUUUACCCCAUCAUCAUUGUACCUUUCCAAUCCUAAAUUCUGGAGUACAGAACCAAAACAACAAAGCCUUGGUCACUGUCCAAAUACUUAAAUAUAUAUUUUUCUUUUCCCAUACCAGGACUUCUACCAUUGCCUCUUUUUGAAAUGUGACAUCAAACAAAUCUUUAUAAUUUUUUUCAAUAACUAAUAAAUGCAAACUCUUUCAA